UCUCAAAUGCCAACGGAACUUGAUCACUCUUGUACUUAUGAAUUUGCAACAAUAUGGGAAGUCAUCCAAGCUAUCACUCAGUGCUUUUGAAUUUGUUUUUCUUAAGGAAAAAGUUAAAUGCUUUUUUAAUAUUUUCAUUACUUUAAAACCCGCCAAAAGAAAGUCUAGCCAUAGCUGUAAGUUUAACCUCCUAUCAUUCCGCUCUGGAACAUGCGUCUCUCCGCCGCCAUUAACUCUUUCAAGUCCUCCAAUCUCAUCUCAUGGAAAACGGUAAGCUUCAACAAACCCUAGCGGGAUGCAUCGAACUGUCGGGGAAAACACUUCACUCGGGGAAGGUUUCGAAAGUAAAGAUAUGGCCGGGAUUCGCCGGUGAAGGAAGGUACUUUGAGUUUCACUCAAAUUUGAUUCCUGCAUCCAUCGAUUUUGUUCGAGAAUCGCUGUUGUGUACCACUCUUUGCAAAGACGGAUACAAGAUUCGGACCGUCGAGCAUUUGCUUUCGGCUUUGGAAGCUAAAGGCAUCGACAAUUGUAGAAUUCAGAUUCAAAGUCUCGAUUCUGAGGAUACUGAGGUCGAGGUUCCUAUUUUUGAUGGGUCUGCAAAUGCUUGGGUAGAGGCAAUAGAACAAGUUGGCAGAAAAGAGGCCUUGGAUCGGUGUGGCAACAAUGUUGAGAAAUUGGCACCAUAUUUGAGUGAACCAUUUUAUGUUUCAAGAAAUGAUUCUUUUAUGGUUGCCUUCCCUGCUUCAAAGGUUCACAUAUCUUGUGGAAUUGACUUUCCAAAGGUGCCUGCAAUUGGAUGCCAGUGGUUUUCUUCAGCUGCUCUGGAUGACUCCUAUGAAAAGCACAUAGCAUGUUCUAGAACUUUCUGCAUCUAUGAGGAGGUGGAACAUAUGUGCAGUAUGGGACUUAUUAAAGGGGGAUCCCUAGACAAUGCCAUUGUGUGCAGUGCUAUUAGAGGAUGGCUGAAUCCACCGCUUCGUUUCCCUGAUGAACCUUGUCGCCAUAAGGUCUUGGAUCUUAUAGGUGACCUUUCCCUUUUUGCACGGUCUGGUAGUCGAGGAAUUCCUAUGGCACGAGUAAUAUCUUUCAAGGGUGGUCAUUCACUUAAUGCUGAUUUUGUACGCCGAUUGUCGGGAAUCACUGUGCAAGAAACUUAAUGGUCUUUCUCCUCAGAAAUUUUCUAGUUUGCAUAUCAAAGGCUAGAAAUGUCUGGCUAGAGGUCUGCAACAUCGUUUUAAGUAUGAAGACAAUUAGGGAUGUUGAAGGGACACGAAAACUUGAACGGUAAGUUAACCGAGGUGUGUUUUCUGACUGUCAAGGUAUAAAAUCCAGAAAUGCUGCAGUUUCUUACAAGUUUGACGAGUCCUUGCUUUGAACUGUAAGUUGUUAGAACAAAACUUCAAAGCAUAGGUGAAUAAACUGUUGGACGAAACUUCCAGAUGAUCUGUUGGGUUUGGAUCAAGUCUUGUGUUUUUUUUUCUUUUGCCUUUUCAGAGAUUGAUUGUUGUCUUUAUUGUAGCUCUAAAUGGUCUUUCCCCCUUUCUUUUUCUUCUAUUUUCAAGCUGCUUGUAGUCACUGUUAUUUUAUUCUAUUAUUAAAAAAUUGUAAAAAACUUAAUUUUCUUAUUAUAUUUAACUUCUCUAACUUCUCUUAAGAAA